AUGACCUUGUAUGUGCAACACUAUGAGAUUCGAUUGGACAAGAGCCGGGCAGGAUGCCGCCCCACCCCCUCCCCUCCUGCCCUGCUGCACCCCUCCCCUCCUGCUGCAAAGUUUGGAAAGGGUGGGGGAGGAGGAGCCGGUCGUGGGGCUCUGCUGGGACAGAUCCAUGGCGGAGCCAGGCUGAAAAAAGUUCAGACCAAUGACAGAAGUGGACCGGCAGUUGCUGGUAAUACAAAUCGAGGAGGUGGAAGUGGACCUGGCCCAGGAGGGGGUGGAGGAGGUAGUAGUGGUGGAGGAGGAGGUGGCGGAGGAGCACCUAUUGGAGGUCUUGGCGGUUUGUUCGCUGGAGGAGUACCUCGAUUACCUAAUAAGGGCAGAACUGGAGCAGCAAAUAGAACUCCUGGUCCAGCUCUCCGUCCCCCUGGCCCCCGGCCACCGGUGACCAAUAAUCCUUCCCGCCUCAGCAACGGAACAACGCCCGGUGGAGGACCACCACCGCCGCCACCACCACAGAAUAAGAAAUUUUCAAUCCCAAAUACCACAGAGUCUUCUAGCCGACCUACCCCUCCAGUGCACAACAGUACAAACGGGGUAGGCCCAGGGGUCCCGAUGAGACAGCAGCCCCGGAGUCAACCUCCCCCUCCCCCUGCACGACCAGCAUCAGGGAGCAUAUCAGGCAGACCCAGUAGUAUGGUCGGAAGACCCCUGCCACCUCCUCCCCCACAUCAGAAUCAACCCCGCCACCCCUUCCCGUACUAAUGCUCCCCAACCCCCAGCCGCCCCGCAGCCCCUCCCCCACCAGCUAGAACUACAUCUAAUCAGAGUGGGGGUACUAUAGGACGAUCUUACGGGCCUCCUUCUGCGCGCCCCCCUCCACCUCCUGCAAGGAAGGAUGUACCUCCGCCCCCCCCCUCACACCCCUAGCCAAGUUCUUCAAGCUCUUAUGGAUCAGGAGGUGAUGAUUUUGAGAAGAAUUUCCGAUUCCAUAGUAUAAACGAGCUGCCUCCGCCAGAGCCCUUUUCAAAUAGUAAUAAAACAUACCCCAGUAGAAAUCCCAGAGGUAGUGAUGGAAGUCAAAGAAGAGCGCCCCCGCCUCCUCCCCCGCGGUGAAAACACGGCUGAUUGACAUAGGAGAAACAUAGAAGUCGUAUACUAUUGCUGUGCAAUUGUGACCCUAUUGUAUAAAGAAGACUGAGAAGCCGUCUUGGAUCACAUCUGCCUCGAGAUCUAUGUGCUCAUCUCAACCCCUCGUCCAGGAUCGGUUGAAUUUCUGGGACGCUGGUUUCAUUUCUUUUGAGGAAGAUUUUGUUUUUCUUUCAUCUGCGAUUUGUAACAUUGACCAUGUAUAAGUAAUUGAUGAAUGUGUCGACGCUGUUUCAUCGGAGUGGAACGUGUCGUCGAUGUCAGUGAUUGACACCUGCCAUGUUUAUAUCAAAACAAGACUACGGCAUUCAGUUCUGUUUCCCCGAAACAAACUAGGUGCUGAGAAACGAAGCACAAUAUUUCUGGAUACUGGACGCUUAUUCGCUAUUGACAUGUAUAUAGGUGGCGCUACGCUGGACGUGUAUAUAACACAGCAAACAGUCAUUCAUCUCUGCUUGUAGCUUCCUCGUAGGAGUGAGAUUGUGGAAUGAUUGCAUUCACAUGUACUCUGUGUUUGGACCUAUAUGUUGCAUCUAGUUAAUUAUUUGCAUUAUUCCAAAUACUGCUGAUGUUAUGUUCGGUUUGCAUGUAUAACUUGUAUUCAACCGUCUUAAUUCCAUCAUUUCAUGCUUUUUGACUAAGCCUGUACUUUAUUUAAUAGAAGAACAAUACAUUUUUUAAGCUAUUGAGAAACAUACUUGCUAUAUGAAUUACCGGUAUUUCUCAGAGUGUAUCUGACAUGACAAAAUUGUUUUUAAGGUGGCGACAAAUGAUUCUUGUUGAGAACUAUCAUGAAGUAUUCGAUUUCUCGCUAUGCAAGUUAUAAAUAACCUUUUUCUACUUCUUGUAGCUACUCAGAUGUAACUAUGUACCUUUCACUUUGUAGCUUUAAGACCAAGGCACAAGACUAAAGCCCUUCCAUAUUCAGUGUAGAUACAUAGGGCGACUUGAUGGUGCAGAAUCAUUCCAUUCCAAGUAUUUAGUGGUAUUCAUUUGCAUGAUGACUUGUAUUUAUCUCCCUUUGGUGUUCCUAUCAGGUAUGAUCCUCAGCUUGUGUCAGUUACUUCCCUUGACAAUUAAGACUGGAUACCAACCUGUACAUUUAAAUAUGUUAUUUAAAAUUCAUAAUCUUUAAAACUAAUGUAUUAUGUUUAAAAUUGAUCAUUCUUCCGGUAUCAUCAUCUUGAAAAGUUAUUGCAUGCUAUGAUAUUAGUGUUGUGAUGAAGGCAUGAAAUCAAGGGGAGGUAACUCACAUGAGACAGGAUUUAACACCAGCAUUGUAUUCUAUUGGUGAAGGAAAGAACAUUGCUCAAACUGAGACUUUACUCUGCAUUUAAGCCAAUGCAAGAAUGCCCAUAUUUGUUUCAAAACUGACAGUAGUUGACUCAGUGAUGUCAGGAUUAGAUGUAGUAUGACAUGGGAUAGGUCAGCCUGGUCUGUUUCAGUAUUUCACUGUCAGUGAAGAGAAAUACUUCACUUUACAGAGUUAUCUCCCAUAGCUGUGCCAGUAUCUGAUGUUCAAGGGUUUUCAUGCUAGAUUUGCAUCGAUUAUGGUAUUUGGUCUUUCAUCAUAAUCAUCAUAAUUCUGCUUGUUAGCUUCUAAAAUUACCGCCUAUGACAUGUCACUCCCUGCACAACCUCCACAUUGAGGUUACAUGCUAUAAGUUACAUAAAUACUGUUGGGCGUGGUCUUAAAUCAACACCCUGGAAUAUUGCUAAAAGCAUCAUAAACCAUACUCGCACACUCAUACAUCAGGAAUACCAGCUUACAUAAUGGUUUAGACAUAUGUUAAGUAGAUUUACCGAAUUGUGUAGAUAGAUGCUCCUGUUGUCAAUCACCAGAUUGUCUGGUCCAGAAUCGAUUAUUUACACACUGCUGCCAUAUAGCUGGAAUAUUGCUGAGUGAGUGGGGCAUAAAACUUAACUCACUCACUCACUAAAGUAGGUUUAGAUUACUACUAUAUAUGUAUGAUAUGAAUGACAAGACCAGCUGUGUUGGGUAUUCUUGUAUUGGCAGAAUGGCAUCCAAAAAGCUAGGAUGUUUUUUUGUAGCAUAGCUUCACAUCAGCAGCAGCCAGAUUUGGGGGAUGGGGGAAGGAUAUCUUAUCAUGGAAGGAGGACUUGAUGUUUUAGAGGGACGGUGUCGAAGGUUAAUGGUGAAAACAUUCACUUGUUACACUGAACACCUUGGUUUGAUUCCCCACAUGGGUACAAUGUGUGAGGUCCAUUUCCGGUGUCCCUUGCUGUGAUAUUUCUGGAAUAUUGUUAAAAGCAGCAUAAGACCUUACUCUGAUAAUUUAGGAUGUCCACUAGUCUGAAUUCAAAAUGUGCAACUUUUUCUGAGGGCAUUUUUUUUUUUUUUUCAAAACUAGAUAACUUAAUACCACCAUUGUGCACGGGCCAGUAUUACCUACUGUGCUUUGCUGUUAAGGCAUAUGUCAAAAUCACUUUUUUUUUCACAGAUUUGCUCAAAGUAUUAUAAUUAGUAUUAAAAACAUUCUCAGUGCCAAUAUAAGAAGGAAUUACAUUUACCCUUAACUCCUCCAAGGUUUGAAUGAUUGAUUGUUUAACACAUUGACAAGUGACUAAAACGAAGGAUGAUCUAAAGAAUUCUUGACCAAACAAAAAUCCUUCACAAUUCAGUAACAUUGUCCCAUUAACAUUCAGACCCUAUCGUUGUUUCAGGGGCUAGGUGAACGUUUCAGGAGCUGGGUGAAUGUUUCAGGAGCUGGGUGAAUGUUUCAGGGGCUAGGUGAAUGUUUCAGGGGCAAGGUGAAUGUUUCAGGGGCUAGAUGAAUGCUUCAGGGGCUAGAUGAAUGCUUCAGGGGCUGGGUGGUCAUUUCAGGGUGGUCAUGAUUCAAGGGCAAGAUGAAUGUUUCAGGGGCUGGAUGGAUGUUUCAGGGGCUGGGUGGUCAUUUCAGGGUGUUUCUUUCAGGGGCUAGGUGAACGAUUCAGGGGCUGGGUAGAUGAUUCAGGGGCUAGAUGGUUGUUUCAGUGGCUGGUGUGAAGCUAUGUAUACAGGGAGUAGUACAACAGGGAUCUUUCUUCCAGGGCUCACUGUAUGUAGUGGAUAUAGUAGUUAUUCCACACUGUGUAUAACCAUUAUACAAGGCAACAUGACAUAUCUUUUAUAUUGUACAGGUCGGGUGGCACUCUAUGCCACAGUUGAUUUUAAUGAUGCCAGACCUUACACAGGUCUUAUAUGUUACAGAUGACAAUAAGGGCAACCGUAUUCACCUAAUAAGCACUCGCUUGCAUUAGUAUUGAGUUUUAAGGUCCCACUUAACAAUAAUUUCAAUAUUAUACCAGGUUUCAUGAAACUGCACAUGUAUAAAUAUAAAUAUGUUUGUAUUAAAAUGAUCUUUCACAAGUCUGAACAUUUGCCCCUGUCUUCUAUAUUGUUAUAACUGCCUCUCUUGCAUUAUAAAUAUCGGCAGAAUGCCUUGUGUGCUUAUUGGGAGAACGAUGAUGCCUGUAUUUAGGAUACAUCUGGAAAGAGGGAUUCUUGCGUGAGAUAUUACGAUAAUUGUUUCAACAUUUGUGAAUUUAUCUUCAGUGAAAGGAAAGUAUAUUAAUCUCUCAAUUUCCUUGAUGCUAAUUACUGCAGAGUUGCUGAUGUGGCUUUAGGAUGUAUUUGCUCUCACUCACUCACUCUCACACUCACUCACACACACACACACACACUCACUCAUGUUUGAGAAAAUGUUGCUUCUUUUAGUAUACAUGACAGCCUUAGUUUCGAUGAGAUUAUCUUUCCAAAUCACUUAUUUGCAGCAGUAUCUAAUGCCUAAAUUUUAGAUGAAAAUUUACGGUUUCUUCUGUGCAGAGUUCGUUCCCUUUGACGUGAAAGGCUCUGCUGAUUAUGGAAUUCAAACCCAGAUACUCACGGAAUCUGUCAUCACCUUAUCCUGUGGAUUACAUGUUAAAUGUUGAAGACAUAGGGCCCAAUGCACAAAGUGAGCAUAGCACUAAGACACUUGUUUAUCUAUGAUAACUACGUAAGUUACGAUAACUUCUAAUUCUGUGACCACUUUGUGGAUCUGAUCCUAGGAUCGGUUCCACAAAACUGUUCUGGUACUGAGGUGGUGGAAACUCCAUAUUUAAACACAGACCGGCAACUCAUUGUGCCACAAAUGCUUUGUGGAAUGGAUCCUUGAGGUCGGUUCCACAAAUCUGUUGUAGCACUAAGGCGAUCGAAACUCCCCUACUUUAACAUAGACCAGUAAAUCAUUGUGCUACGAACGCUUGUGCAAUUGGGCCAUGGGGUCAGCUGUUCUAGCACUGAACCGAUCGAAAGUCCCACACUUUAACUUAGAAUUACGACUGUUAUAGCGCUAUUAUCACUUUGCAGAACUGGGCUCUGCAUCACUUUGGGCUUCCUCUCCAGAUAAGGCAGUGGCAUUAUGGUGGCAUUAUGAUACACCGUAACACUUUGAGUGUUGCCCGGACUUAUUACAAACAUGAUAUUAGGUUUAACUACCUGGUCCUGCCUCUGUUUCCAGAUGGAUCAUGAAUACUGACACGUGAUCUUACAUUCUGUAGCUCUCCUAGAUAAAACUGAUCAUAUCACC